GACUUUAAUACAUGCCAGGAUGUCUUAGUGAACGUAGACAAACGUGCCGCCGCCAUUAAAGCUACCUCAACACUUGAAUGCCCUUCAAGGCUCGCACUUCACACGACAUAUGCGCAAUGCAGUCACGUCUGCGUGCAAGCGAAUGUGCAGCUUGAGCAGACUAUUAGCGAAAAGUCUCCAAAACCAUUCGAGAAUUUGGACAGGUCGGAGCGGCGAACCAGGAAGUUGUCAUCCUCCCCCCGAAGCCACUUCCUACUUCCGCAAACAAGUCCGCGCAGCCCCCCAGUCGAUGGCUCGAGCAAAGCGGCGUUUCCGAGUGUCCACUUUUUGCCUUCGUUUCUCGCCAUUAAUGUCUCACUGAGCGUUGUCAUGGCGGCCAACAGCCGCUGCUCCGCGGCGGAGCUCCCUCCGGGCCUGGAGAGCCAGCGGCGGGAGAUUGAGUGUUUGCUUCGGGACUGCGAGCUCCGCGCCGGGGACAGUUGGUUCAUGGUGGCUCAUCGCUGGUAUGAACAGUGGAAGGAGUUUGUGGAAAGUGGAGACCAGAACUCGCUGUGUCCUGGUCAGAUUGACAACACUGAGUUGUUUGAUGAUUUGGACUCGUACCACCUGAAGGAGCGUCUGGUGGAGAACGAGGACUUUGUUUUGCUGCCCGCUGAGGCAUGGCACAAGCUUCACUCCUGGUACGGGAUGGUGGACCAGCAACCGCCACUAGAACGCAAGGUGGUGGAUCUGCCCAGCACACUUAAAGUGGAAAUUUACCCAGUGGAGAUUUUCCUUUGUCUCCAUGUUGAGAACGUCAUCACGGCACAGUUUAGCCGCACCGACAGCAUUCAGUCGAUCCAGUCGGCCAUGUGUCGAGCAUUUUCGCUGCCGCCGACGUCCGAAUGUCGCCUGUGGAUGAAAAGUUCCGACAAUAGCUGUGAACGUCUCAGGAAUGUCCAUAUGAGUGUGCUGGAUGCCUGUCUGAGCUCAGGGAUGACGGUGAUCAUGGAGACAAGGAAUGCUGAUGGCACCUGGCCAAGCUCCAGACCUUUAAUUCUGAGGAAUUCAGUGGAGGAGCUGGACUCGUAUCGAGGUCAGCCCGGCGUCUGCGGUCUCACAAACCUCGGCAAUACCUGCUUCAUGAACUCUGCCCUGCAGUGUUUGAGCAACACUCCUCCGCUGACCGAGUACUUCCUCCAAAGCGCCUAUUUAGAGGAGCUCAACUUCGCCAACCCGCUGGGCAUGAAAGGCGAGAUCGCCGAGGCCUACGCUGACGUUAUCAAGCAGAUGUGGUCGGGCCACCACUACUCAGUGGUGCCGCGCAUCUUCAAGACAAAGGUGGGCCACUUUGCAUCUCAGUUUCUGGGCUACCAGCAGCACGACAGUCAGGAACUGCUCUCCUUCCUGCUGGACGGGCUGCACGAGGACUUGAACCGGGUCAAGAAUAAAGAAUAUAUCGAGCUGCGUGACGCAGAAGGGCGACCGGACCAGGAAGUGGCAGAGGAGGCAUGGCGGAACCACAAACGACGCAACGACUCUGUGAUUGUGGACACCUUUCACGGCCUCUUCAAGUCCACGCUCAUCUGUCCCCAGUGCCACAAGGUGUCGGUCACUUUUGACCCAUUCUGCUACCUUAGCAUUCCACUUCCUGUCAGCAAGGAGCGCGUCAUGGAAGUCUUCUUCAUCUCGCUUGAUCCGUACGCCAAACCCAUGCAGCAUCGCGUUGUGGUCCCCAAGGCGGGAAAAGUGUCACACCUCUGCGCAGCCCUGUCAGAGAUGACUAAUGUUCCCGACACGCAGAUGGUAGUUGCUGACGUCUUCAAUCAUCGCUUUUAUAAAAUCUACUCAUCUGAUGAAUCUCUCAGCUGCAUCCUGGACCGAGACGACAUCUUUGUGUACGAAUGCAGUGCUCAGUGCGAUCAGCAGGUACUGCUUGCAGUCUACCUAAGAGAGCGUUCCCACUAUAGAGACUAUGGCUCUGUCAACACCGCCCUGUUCGGACACCCACUGCUUCUGAACGUGCCACGUAGCAGCUGCAGCCAGGAUGCCCUCUACCAACUCUUCCUGCAGAGAUUAGCGCGCUAUGUACGUGUGCCCAACUCCUCUGAGGAGCUGGAGGAGGACGAUGCCGACGAUGACGAAGAGGAGUUGUAUAAAAGUCAGACCAACGGCAUCAGUGAUGAUGAUGACCAAGAGGAUGCAGAGCAAUCGGGCUCGCCGCAUUUGGAGGCUCACUAUGCCGACGGGCCGUCGAAUAGCCGCCAACCAGACCCCGCAUUUGAGGGCCCUGGGCGGCCCCCCCCUCCGGAGGAGGGAGACGUUCACAACUUAUGCAUCGGUCCCACUAAGCCCCCCUACAGCGGCGACGCCGGCCCGAGCGGUGGCCACCACCACUACGCCCGCGGUGAGGAAGGCCAUGCUGAAGUCGGCCAAGAAGAAAACGAGGAGAACGAGGACGCGCCGCUGCAAGCCGCCGCUGCCGAAGAAGACGAUAAGCAGGAGGAGCCGCCUUCUCCUGGCCCGCCGCCUAACGAGCAAACAGACAAGUCAAGGGCGUGUCGCCAGAAGAAAAAGCGGCUGUUUGACAUCCGAGCGGUCAACUGUAACGGUACCGAGCGGGAGAACGAUCCUGAAAUGACAUUCAGCUCUCAGCCAUACGUGGCUUUGGACUGGGAUGCUGACAUCAAGAAGAGAUUCUACAAUGAAAACGAGGCCGAGAAGUACGUGAAGCACAGCAGCAUGGAUGUCCCACAGCAGCAGACCACCGUGCAGCUGCAGGAGUGUAUCCAGCUCUUCACCACUGUAGAAACACUGGAGGAUGAGAACCCAUGGUACUGUCCCAUUUGUAAGAAACACCAGCUAGCUACCAAGAAACUGGACCUGUGGUCUCUACCGGAGGUCCUCAUCAUCCACCUUAAGAGGUUCUCCUACACCAAGUUUACCAGGGAGAAGCUGGACACCAUUGUGGACUUUCCACUCAGGGAUCUGGACUUCUCUGGUUGUCUUCUGAGGAAGAAGCUUUCGAACGGGGAGCCUCCGAGCCGCUAUGACCUCAUCGCUGUGUCCAACCACUACGGAGGACUCCGAGACGGACACUACACCAGCUAUGCACGGAACAAGGACAACGGACAGUGGUACAAUUUUGAUGAUAGCAAAGUCACAUACGCUACCGAGGAGCGGAUCAUGACCAGUGCCGCUUACGUGCUCUUCUACCAUCGACAAGACAAGAUGAGGAAACCGUCAGUGCCGGCGCCAGGCUCUGUAGCCGCCGAGGGCGCGCCGCCAUGUACCGACGCCGCAUCCGCGUUGGCUGAGCUCACCAUGGAGACGGACUGAACCGCGGGCGGGGUGUGUGGGUAAAUUCUUUGUUCCCCUUUUUGAUGGUUUUACACAAUUAUAGUUGCACAAAAAUGACAUUAAUUGGCUAUGUAUUCAUUCAUAGGUCACUUUACUGGAUAAUAAAAAUCUAUAACCACAGAAAAAAUAAUUGGAUGAAAAAAAAAGGUUUUCUUCGUCCAGUAAUAUAAAAUUUACUUGGUCCAGACUAAAAUUGGAUGAAAAUAAUUGCAGCCAAAAACCAUCAAUUCAGUAUUGACCUAAUUUAAACUUUUUCUCUUUCCAUCUCUCCAUUCCUACAUUUGUACAUGUUGACUUCGGGCUUUUCUUAUUUGUACUUUUUUUUUUUUUUUGUAUAUUUUGCCUGUUGUGGUAUUUAUUAGCCAUCACGUGACCUGUCGAGGCCGUGAAGGCGCUUUGUUUGACAGCCGUGACGCUGUACAGUAUUUUUCUAACAGAGCAUCUUUUUAUGGGAACUGUUCGGGCUUUCUCGGGUCUUCCUGUUUGUCAAAUAUGCGAAGAUUUUAUAAGACUUUUGAAAUAAAAGGACACCUUGUCUACUUCCAACGAUUGAGCCAAACUGUGUGGUCAAAUUCAUAAUCUUUAUUCAUAAAUUAAGGAUUAAGAAA